UGCAGAUGGCGCGGGCGGGGUAAAGCGCAUGCGCGGGCCCGUCCUCCCCCUCUCUCUCUCGCCGCCAUCAUGGGUCACCAGCAGCUCUACUGGUCUCACCCGCGCAAGUUCGGACAGGGCUCCCGCUCCUGCCGGGUUUGCGCCAACCGCCACGGGCUGAUCCGCAAGUACGGCCUCAACAUGUGUCGCCAGUGCUUCCGCCAGUACGCCAAGGACAUCGGCUUCGUCAAGUUGGACUAGAUUAUGAAUGGAGCUGAAAUGAGAAAAGGAAUACUCAGUGGCACGCAGCUGUGAUCAUCUGACAAGCAAACUUUGUAAUGCUCCAAUUUUGUAAAUAAAGUUGACUUGCCAUUAGCACUCA